AUGUAUGUAUAUAUUUUACAAAGAAUCACGUCAGUUCAAAUAAUUGUAAAUUGUACCCUUGCAGUUAAGAAUUGGGUUCCUGUAAUUCGUGCUACAUCAGCCUCUCAUCCGGCACGCUUAUGUACAGAUUCGCCUGUAAAGAAGACUGUCGCAUCUCUCCUCACAAUGCCCAUCAAUCGCCAGAAACCCGACCUCUGCAUUGUCCUCGUGCUGUUUCCUGUUGUUGUUCGGUAA